AUGAAAAAAUAUAAAUAUCACGACGCUUUAUUAACAAUUGAAUCAACUGAUGAUUUUGGAUAUCAUACAGAGUGCCUUAAAAAAAUUACAGUUUUAAAGGAAAAAGACAAAGAAGAAUUCGAAAAUUUUUGCAAAACACAAACAAUUCCGAGCCUCCCUUCAGAUCUUCAUGAACGAAGUAUUUCUGAUGUCAACUGUGAUCUAGAAGAAUCAAGGCCUUCAUUGAGCGAUCAACCAACUACACUUCCAGCAGAUGAACAGCGAACUACGACUGCUUCAAACGAGCAGCCUAGUACAUCUGCGCACGAAGAUGAUCAAACUCAAGUUUUUCAAAGUUUAUCAUCUGCUGCUACAAUAUCCCAGCAAGCUAUUCCAUCAACACCUAAAAUCAAAAAGUCAGCCUGCCUUUUUUGUGAUCAUGUUGAAAAAAAAGUUGAUAAAUCAAUCGCAAUUGAUAAGGAUUUGGUUUGGAGUAUGUCUUUAUCUCAAAUUGAUUCGGUACCCAUGUGGUUAGGUUAUAACUGCAAAAUUGGCAUUGAUGAGAGUAAAAUUCAGACAGUCGAGUACUUAUCACCAAUUAAUGAAUCUCCUACAUCGCUAGCUGUUGUUCAAGAAACUCUUAACAUUGCAAAGGAAAUUGCUAAGAAUUGUAAUCAACAACAGAUCAUAGCUACUUACGAUUUAGCAAUAGCCAAAUUAGCUAUGCAGAUUCAACAUACUAAAAAGCCAGAAUUUGACGAUAUAUUCAUUAAUUUAGGCGCAUUCCAUACCCAAAUGGCUUUCUUUAAAGCAAUUGGAAAGUAUAUUGAUUCCAGUGGAUUAGUAGAGAUUUUGGUUGAAGCAGAGGCACUAGCAGGAGGUUCAAUGAACAGCUUCUUAGAUAGUAAACAUUUUAAUCGAUGUAAGCGGCUACAUCCUUUGGCUUCUGGUGCUUUGCAGAUUCUUCAUUUUGAAAAAUAUCUGUCAGAAAUUGACACGGAUGAUAUUGAAACUUUAAAGGAAGACUUAAACGCCGUAAUGAAUACUUCAUGUGGAAUCAAUGUUUUACCUGAUUCAUUGGAUAAAAUACUGCAGGGUUACAAACAAUUCCGCGAAAUAACACUUCAGGGCGGUCAUGGAAAGACAGCUCAAUAUUAUUUGCAGUAUACUGAACUUAUCAACAUAUUUCUUCGAUUUUCUAGAAGCAUACGCUGCAGUAAUUUUGAGCUCUACUUAGAUUCUAUCUUCGAAAUGUGUGGCUACUUUUUUGCAUUCAAUCAGCCGAAUUAUGCCAAAUGGGCUGCUAUGUAUUUAAAUAACUUAAUCAAGUUAAAAGUCGAAAAUUCUACUCUACUUCAGGAAUUUCGCGAAGGUGCAUUUGGUAUUAGACGCACAAAAUCGUGCUUAGGCAGAUCACCUGUAGACAUGACUUUAGAGCAGACGAUUAAUGCUGAUGCCGGUAAUACCUUGACUGGUGGAAGCCAUUUUACAAAUUCGAUCGCUGCACGAGAAAGAUGGGCUCUUAGCCAUAGUGUCAGGACUAAAAUUAUGUCGUCCGUGAAAGCAGAAAUCGGAUUAUCUCAAGCAGAUGAUACUUCUUAUACGUUACAGAAGAAUCGAAUUGAGAAAGACUCAAAAACUCUAAACAAUAUUGUUAAAACUAUGAAGAAAACAAUGAAUCCUUUUUUCUGA